GGAGCAUGUGGGACUGUGGGAGACAUUGGUGAGGAGCAUGUGGGACUGUGGGAGACAUUGGUGAGGAGCAUGUGGGACUGUGGGAGACAUUGCACAUCUUGAUGAGGAAUGCUGUCCUCUGCACCAGUUUUGCUUCCUGCCCGCUACAGGACUACAUUAACACAUCUGAGCUAUGCUGGAAUCUCCUGCUGAUUGCUACAUUCUUCCACUAAGGGGUAGUGUUGCUGAUGGUCUGGUGUUAGGUGUGAGGAAGAAAAGUCAACAACAGACUCGUCCAGAACUAUGAAGUCAAAGGGAAGUUUGUCAAAGAAGAUUAACAAAGUGACCAAGAUGACGGCCAAAAACUUAAAACGGAAAAAAAAUAAACGCAAUAAAACUUCUUUAAGAGUAAAAGAAUUCAGCCUUGAUACGUGUGGGAGCAGUGUAGCAACUAUGACUGGAAAGCGGGCACAGAAAACUAAAAUAUCAAAACUACAUAAAAGUGAUGUGCUGGGCUAUGACAGUCUGGCAGAGAAAGAAAGAUCAUUGGCCACAGAUCUAUUUGGAGAGGAUGCAGAUUUACCAGAGAGUGUCUCCCAAGAAGCAUUGUUUCAGGAUGUUCCUCCAGCUUCUACAGCUGCCAGAGGCCGUGAUGAAAUAUCUCAAAUGAUUCCCGAUGACCCCUUUGAUGUUCAUCAACCAGUAGUGAAAGAUAGUAAAAAGCCAGCUUGGGUUGAUGAAGAUGAUGACACGAUAAGAGUUAAAGAUGUUGUGAGCAGUAUGACAAAAGUUCCAGGCAAGAGAGGUAUCAGAGAGGUCUCAAAUGAGAUAUACGAGAUGAAACUGAGAGAAAAAUUCAGUCAAGUUGUUGGUAAUACACCUGAAUGGGCUGUCCUUGACCGUAGCAGGAAAGGUGACUCGGAUGAUGAAGAUGAGAUGGCCCGUAGCACCGGAAAUUACUUAUCAGAAGCUUCUUCGGUCAACCUAAAUAAAAAAUGGCUAGAGUACAAGAAGGUUCACAGUGUGAACCAUGCGUCCCGGUCUGAGGGCACAGUGAUAAAGGCAGCGGAGUUUAACCCACACUUCCAGGUGGGGCUCGUUGCUGGCUUUUCAAACAAUGACUUAGGAGCUGCCACACUUUUUCAGGUUGAUGGUGUGCAUAAUUUCAAGAUUCAGUCAGUUAAGUUUCCAAAAUUUCCAAUCAAGUGUGCAAAGUUCAUGCAGGAUGGCAAAAAAUUUGUUCUUGGAUCCAAUAUGUAUGGCCAUUUCUAUGUUUAUGACAUGGAAGCAGCCAAAGAAAUUAAGAUACAUUGUAGCAAGAGAGAAGAUAGACAAUGCAUGAAGAAGUUUGUUGUGUCCCCUGAUGGAAAGCUGCUUGUAUUCCUAGGAAGUAAGGGACUGCUGCAUGUUUAUGAUACCACUGCUCUCUCCCAUGUUGAAACCCUGCAUGCUCCUCAGGAAAUUAAAGCAGCAGCUUUCAAUGAAAAUGGUUCUAAGAUGUAUACACAUGGAGAUGGGGGCGAUGUUUUGGUAUGGGACAUGGUUUCCCUUACUUGUGUUCAUAGGUUCUUCGACGAUGGCUGUAUAGAUGGCACAAGUAUUGCCGUGUCACCGAGCAACAUGUAUCUUGCAUGUGGAUCAUCAUCUGGAAUUGUCAACAUAUAUGACAUGGCCAGUGUCUCAAGCAAGACACCAUGUCCAGUUAAAAUCUUGGAUAAAUUAGUAACACCUGUUACUGCCCUUACCUUUAACUCUUCUUCUGAAAUUUUGGGAAUGGCUUCAAAUGCCAUGGACAGUGCUAUGAAACUGGUACACUUCCCAUCAAUGACAUACUUCAACAAUUUCCCUGGCGGACAGUAUUCUUUACGUAAAGUGCAAGUUCUUAACUUCUCUCCUAAAAGUGGCUUCUUAACUGCAGGGAAUAAUUUUGGAUCGGCUCUCUUGUACAGACUGCAGCACUUCUCCAGUUAUUAGGAAAUUGUUGUUUAUUGAAGAUAUAUCAUUGUCAUGAAUAAUAUAAAUAUGUAUGUAUAUGGGAUCCACUGGAUCAGAGAAGGGAAUAAAAGAGUAUUUCGAGAAAAACACUAAAUAUAA